AUGUUACAGCAAGCAUCAUGGGAAAAUGGCCAGGCCCUGGCCCAGUGCCUGGGCACCUUGGUUCUGGUGAUGUUUGGUUGUGGUGCAGUAGCACAGCUGGUGUUGAGCAGAGGCUCCCACGGCACGUUCCUCACCGUCAACUUGGCUUUUGGCUUUGCUGCAACAUUGGGUCUCCUCGUGAGUGGGCAGAUCUCAGGUGAGGAUGGGGGUCAUCUGAACCCAGCUGUGACCUUCUCCCUGUGUUUACUUGGCCGAGAGCCGUGGAGGAAGCUCCCGCUGUUCUUUUUCUUCCAGACUCUCGGAGCCUUUCUGGGCGCGGCCAUUGUGUUCGGCAUGUACGUAGAUGCAUUGUGGGGCUUUAGCCACGGGAAGCUGAUCGUGGUGGGGACGAAUGCCACGGAUCCAUCCAAACAUCUCACCCUGGUUAACGGAUUCUUUGAUCAGGUAACAGGGACUUGGUUUCUCUCCUCACUGAACAUGGAGCAAGCAAACACCUACUGGUUCUUUGUGCCCAUCUGUGCACCCUUCUUGGGUGCAGUGGUGAGUGUGCUGUGUUACCAGCUGAUGAUUGGAUACCAUUUAGAAGGAGAAGUCAAAAAGAAGCAGGAGGAGGAGGAGGAGGAGGAAAGGUUAAAACAUUCCAGUACGACAACCAACGAAGAUGCAUGA